AUGCUCGACAAUUCGGAAAGUUCUCUAAAGCGACUUAAUUUCUUGCUUCAGUUUUUUCAUUUUCUUGUAUUUUAUUAUUUUUUUUUUUAUAAUUUCUGUACCCUUUUUUGCUUCCCCCUAAACCGUGUGAAAAUGUUCAAGAAAUGUCUUGUUGUCAUAUCCCUUAACCUCCUGCUAAAAGUAACAUUUAAUUCGAGUCCUUUUUUUGCGCAUGCUUUGGGUAUACGAACAGAUCGAGAAUCAUCAAAUGUAUGGGAAGAAUAUAUUUCAGUUAACUACGAACCCUUAGAACAAGAUUUAAGCGAAGCAUGUGACUACAUAGCAUUAGAAGAAUACAGUGCCUGUGGAAAUAUAUCAAAUGAGAAGUCUAACAAUGAAAAUGAUGUAGAAGUUGAAGGAUCCAAUAUAAUUGUGAAAAACGAAGAAAGAGGAACACAAACAGAAGAGGAAGAAGAUGAAAAAGUGGAAGGGAUCUACGAUGAAGUCACUCAUCAAGAUGACGAAAAGGGGUCUGAUGACCAAGGCAGUAAUAACGAAUUAGCUGGCGAAUAUAGAAUAGAAGAAGUGGACGAAAAUGUAGCAAUUUUAAAUGAAAACAUAAAUAGCAUUCAUGAAAUGCAAAGCCCACUUGACAGCUACAAAACCAUCUUCUUAAUUUUAUCCACAGAGUUUGAUACAACAGAAACGUACUUAAAUAAAAUUAUGAACUGUUCCACAGAUGAAGAAAAAAAUGAACUCUUAGAUGACCACAUUGGUAUUCUAAAAGAAAUGUACGAAAAUUGUAAAAAGAAUGAAAACUUUAGAUUACCCUUCGAGAUAAGAGAUUCUAUGGCACUUCGAAUAAGUGAUCGUCUUAGGGAUUUCUGCUUUAGCGAUUACGUAACAGAAUCAAACAUGGUAGCAUUAAAGUCUAUCUUUUCAAUAGAAUUAGAAGUUUUCGAAGGUAUCUUUUAUUACAUAGAACAUAAAAACACCUAUCGUGAAAAAAAGGAAGUUAUAAACGACUUAGAAUUAAUAAAAUUUUAUCACGAAGAAUUAAUUACCAACAAUGGCUUGUACCUAACAGAUGAACAGUUUGACAAUGCAGCAAUGAGAGUAUCCAACUUUGUCAAUGAUUUAUAUUUUCUGUGCUUCUCCAAUUAUCAAAAUAUGAUUAAAUUCCGUGAGAUGCAGGAUGCAAUGUCCACAUACAUCACGCUCUGA